AUGCCGGAAACGAAGGACAAGUCUAAGGUGCACAAGUUAUCCAUCAAAGGAUCGGCCAAGCUUGUCUCCGAAUUCUUUGAAUACUCGAUCAAUUCGAUCCUGUUCCAACGUGGGGUCUAUCCUCCUGAGGAUUUCACAGCUAUCAAGAAAUAUGGCCUCAACAUGCUGGGUUUGUGGAUCACGUUCCCCGGAAUCAACAUCAACUCGUCUAACCUCAGAACAGUUUCGGCCGACGACCAGGUCAAAGCCUAUAUCAAGAAGAUCAUGUCGCAGUUGAGAGAGUGGAUGCAAGGAGGGAAAAUAUCUAAGCUCGUGGUGGUCAUCACAGACAAGGAGACCGGUGAACAUGUGGAAAGGUGGCAGUUCGACGUUGAAAUCUUCGGCAAGCAAUCGAGGAGCAGGAGCGCCCAAAAAUCUGGCGACAAAGAGAACAGUGCCUCGGGAGAUGCAAACACGCAGCCUGCCGAACCUGUUGAGAAGACAGAGAAGCAAAUCCAGGAGGAAAUCCAAGCCAUCUUCCGCCAGAUUACCGCCUCUGUCACAUUCCUCCCCGUCCUUGACGGCGACUGCACAUUCAAUGUUCUUGUCUAUGCCGACGCUGAUUCAGAUGUGCCCGUAGAAUGGGGUGACAGCGAUGCCAAGGAGAUCAAGAAUGCAGAGAAGGUUCAGUUAAGAAGCUUCAGCACGAACAACCACCGAGUGGGAACUUUGGUUAGCUACAGGCUGGCAGAUUAG